AUGCCCCAGUGUGAGACUCACCACGUACUUUCUCAGUUUUGCAGUGCUCCCAUCUUCAGAAAUCCCCUCGCUAUUCGCUGGUUCACAUCUGACAGCACGUCGCAGGCCUUUCCAGUGGCAUGUGGGAGGCUCAUUUACAACUGUCGCCCUGUGUUCGAACUGUCACUCCAGCCCACCCCCAUCCUCCCCUCUUCUGUCUCACCCUUCACCUGUCCAAGCCUGAAUGAACAGGCUUCCUUUCUUCUCUCUGCGGCUCUCUCCACACCAGUAACAAUGACGCUUUGGGAAUCGGAUCUGGUCCAACUGAACAUCUGA